GCAGAGCGACGUCUCUGCACACAUGUGGUAGGGUUACCUGGCAAGAGCCUUCAGACCGACGACGUUUCGUAGCCUGCACGUAGAGCCGUCUCAUGACCAUCGUCAUCUGGUGCCAUUAUGGACGGUGGGACAACUGAUGAAGGCGGUGGGAUAAUGCAACAAGCACAUCAUGUGCCACAGCAGAUUCCUUUCAUGGGUAUUGCUGCAAACAUGGGUAUGAGUAAUAUUGUGUCGCCGCCUCCACAUAUGGGGAGCGUAGGAGGGCUUGAGGACAGUGCAACCAUGGCACAUGUCAUAAGGCAGUUGAUGACUAAGGUGGCCUCCUUGGAGGAGCAACUAACUGCUUAUCAACGACAGCAGGCGGCUCUCCCGGCAGGCGGUGCAGCGGUUUUGGGUGGCUGCGAGCAGAUAUCUGCUUGUCAACGACAACAGGCAGCUCUCCCGCCAGGCGCUGCAGCGGUUUUGGGGGACUGUGAGCCAAUUCCAUCCCCUCAGACAGCGCCACCGAUGAAGGACCGGGGAGAUGCAAGUGGCGUUGUCCACUUGGACGGCCGGCAAUACAUGGAGGAGGAUAUUGCACGUAUGCACACGGGGCUAAGGUUCAUGCGCGGGCUGCCGCCAUUUUGUCCUCAAGGGUCUGCCAAUGAUGCCAUAACCCCGUCCCCUGCCACGGCGUGUCUUGGCCACAGUGGGGAGGCGGAAGGCGAUGCACGUGCGAUUAGAAAGUGUGUCGGUGGUGGCACUCUUGUGCCUCUAGUGGCCGAGGAUGACAAGUUUUAUACGGAUAAGGCGAACGAUGCUCCCAAUGAGGAGCAGCCCCUCCCUCCCCGUGACUUGGCGCACAUGACCGCAGUUGUGGACAGAGACCUGGUUCUCCAUAUGGGUCAGCAGUUCAAGGAUAUGAAUGCUUUUCGCGCAACAUUGGUGCGAUACGCUGUGGCCGGCAAUUUCGAGUUCGUGGCCAAAAAAUCCGAGAGGUCACGAUUCAGGGCCAUUUGCACAACCCCCGGGUGUGAUUGGUACAUCUCUGCUCGCGUUUACUGUGAUCGCGAGGGUGCGCCGGUCUGUGUCAACGUUCAUCGACCGCACUCUGAGUCUUGCACCGGUAUCACAAACGCCAAGUUGCGCAACUACCAUGUGGGGUACAAAUGGGUGGCUGGGAUAAUUGAAGGAAUGGUGCGAGAGAAUCCCACUGUGACACCUCAAGACAUCAGAGCAGAUGUUCAUCGCGCCACCUCGCAGAGCAUCACAUACGACAUGGCACACACAGCACUUGAGUAUGCCCUCCUGAAGAUCCGCGGUGAAAGCACUGCCGGAUUCAAACGAUUGCGCCCUGAUGGGCAGGAUGGUAUCAGUGGCCUGCCCCGACGCAAGAGGGGCCGACCUUGUAAGGUGCGUCCAGACGGCUCUCGUCCUCCGACGAGACAAAGGGUAAGGCGGCCGAGUCAUGUGAGAGGCGAUAACCCUAGCCACGGUGAUCAUGGUGCUCCGAGUCUUCUUCUAGGCAACAAUAUUCCCAAUGAUCUGUCCCGAGAGCAUGGUCCCUCUGGCAAGGAGGGGCCAGGUUGUGUUGGUUCAGUGGGCUGGCCAGGUGUUCCGCAUGCUGCACGCCCGUCAUCAGAUAAUUUGGGUGGUGCUGGCAAUGGUGGUGGGCAGGUAGGGGACGGUGGGCCUACCUGUUCGCUCCUUUCUCAUAGUACCAUUGCAGGGUCACAUCUGCAAGGUUCCGUCACUGGGCCUGCGUCAGAAAUUGCAGGUGGGAAGACACAUGGGCAGGCAGGUGGCCAGCCCACAGUAGCUCGGACGCACAACCAGCUGACAGGUGCACAGGCAGCUCGAGAGGGCCGCCGAGGAGGAGGACGUCCUAGGAGAGCGGUGCCUCAACCUUUGAGCCGCCCAGGAGAUGAAUUGAGAUCGUCGGCACAGGCCUUACAAUCGACAACCUCCAUCCAUGGGGAGGCAGCACAGCAGGAUCCUCUAGGGGAGGAGGAGGGUGUUUAUGCUGGCCGGGAGGGCCUUGAGGGCAGGUCUGCUGUUGUGCAGGAUGCAUGCCGCGGAGCACAUGUUUUGGACCAUGUUGGCAUCGCUGGUGAGCAGGCAGGAUCAGGUGCACAGGCAGCUCGACGGCGCCGGCCAGGAGGAGGACGUCCUAGGAGAGUGUUGCCUGAACAUUUGAGACGCCUAGGAUAUAGGAGACGAUCGUCUGCAAAGGCCAUACGAUCUGACACCUCCAUUCAUGGGGAGCCACCCCGACAGGAUCGUCUAGGCAAGGAGGGUGUUUGUGUUGGUCGCGAGGACCUAGGCAGUGGGUCUGGGUCUGCUGCUGUGCAAGAUGCACGCUGCGGAGCCCACAAUUUAACAGCUUCCGCCAAUGUUGGCGACGGCGGUGAACAGACAGGUUCACAUAGUGGUGUGUUGUGCCCUGGUAUUACAGCAGGUGGAGGGCGUGUGUGCCCAUCUCUUUCCCAAAGCAUUUUCACAGAGUCACCUGUGCAGGACAAGGCAGGUUGGCCUGCUCCACAUGUAAUGGGUGGAGAUGCAUGUGGGCACGCGGAUGCAAGGCCUGCUCCAGCAUGGACAGGUGCACAGACAAGUCGAGAGGAACUGCAUAGAGGACGUCCCAGGAGAAUGUUGCCCGAGCACUUGAGACGCCUUGCAGAUGCAAUUGAGGACGUCUUUUGUGGGGUCGCCUUUCAGGAUAGUGGAGGCGGCGGAGGCGCAACCGCUGGGGGGAUUAUCAGGUCAGUGUUCGCUGGUUGUGAAGGCGGCGAUGUUGCUGACAUUGUUUGCGGGAUAAACAAUGACGAAGUUGGUCCCGACUCCAAUGCAGACGGGCGAGCGGGGACUACGUGCCCAUCUCUUUCCCAAAGCAUUAUUGCUGAGUCACAUGCGCAGGACGAGGCACGUCAGCCUGCUCCCCAUAUUGUGGGUGCAGAGACUUGUGGGCCUGCAGAUUGCCACCCUACACCGGCAUGGACAGGUGCACAGAUGGCUCGAGAGGACCAGCAUGAAGGAUGUCCUAUCGGAGUGUUGCCUGAGCACUUGAGACGCUUUGCAGGUGCAACAGGAUCAUCUGUACAGGACAUACCUUCCACGGACACGGAUUUCAGGGCUGCUGAUGCUAUCGAGGAUGUCUUUUGUGGGGUCACCUUUCAGGAAGAUACUGGGGAUGGCGCAGGUGCUCCUCGUGGGAUUAUCACGCCAAAGUUCGCUGCUUGUGAGGGCGGUGGCAUUGCAGACAUUGUUUGCGGGAUAGCAAACGGUGAGGUUCGUCCCGACUCGAACGCAGAUGGGCGAGCAGAUAAGGAGGUGGGUGUCAUGGCUGUGGACCAAAGAGAUGGAGGCGGACAAAGGAUCCCAAUGGGAGGCCCGGUUCUCCACGAGGUGAGCCGGCGAGGACGUCCUCGCAAAGGACGUCCUCGGAAACUCGCACCCACUCCCCCGGCACCCGUCUCAGAUGCACGGGGUGCGCCGAUUGGAUCCCCGCAGAAUGGACACGAUUCCGAUCGCGAACAGACUUGCAUCCUGGUGCAGGGCAAUGACUUUUGCACGCCCUCAAUUGACGGGAGGCCUCGCAGGGCUGGCCGAUGCCAACGACCUCUGACGGCAGACCGCCCGAGCAUGUCCCAGUUCUUGUACUAUAUGUAACUGUGUAGUGACGGUCUUAUGCGAGAUGACAUACUGCAUUUCGACACCUUUUGUUGGAUGGGGGGGCAACAUUUAGAGCAGUGGAACAUACGGAAACCUUUUUGCGGGGGAGGUUUGGCCACUUUCCGUGGCAUGCUAGUGUGUGCAGACGAUCACCUUAGCUUUUCUCUGUUGAUGCCACUUUCCGUGGCAUGCUAGUGUGUGGAGACGAUCACCGUAGUUUUUUUCGCUGUUGACGGGCUGACGCAUCUUCAAACGCAAUCAGAUACUCUUGUAUCGAAUGGUUUGAGUAACUUCAGAGGCCCCUUUGGAUAUGUAGACAUUUUGUGUUUCGGUUGGGAGAGCUGCUGGAUGACAAGUUUGGUGGUGACGGGGAGGAAGUGGCAGGGAGGCUGGGUUCUGCAUAAGUGUCACACAUGGAUGUCUCUCAGAGAAGCCAAUGUGCCCCCGGCUUGUGUGCGGAACCUAAGUGACGUGCCACCACAUCUGACGCGACCUUCCCGAUUUUUGAUCAUAUGUAGACAUUUUGUGUGUCGGUUGGGAGAAGCUUCUGGAUGACAAGUUUGGUGAUGGUGGGGAGAGACUGGCAAGGUGGAAGUUCUGCGUACGUGUCACACAUGGAUGGCUUUCUUCUCUCAGAGAAGCCAGUGCCCCCGGCUUGUGCGGAACCUAAACGAGGGGUCAUCACAUCUGAUGCGAACUCCCGAUUUUUGUUAGCGCACAUACGAUCGC